UCUGAACUUUGUGCGGGACGUGAGGACAGUACUUUAAAGUCUUGUUCCAGCUUCUUUUAAUGGGAGAACUCUAGGACAUUCAGCCGGAAACGUUUGGACUCUAUGAUCUGACCAAAAACAACGAUAUCAGUUAGUCUGCUAGUUCCUGAAACAUGGAGGACCCAAACAGAACACAGAGGAAAAUGUCAACAGCCGGAGACAGCUUGUACAAAGUGUUGGGGCUUGAGAAAGGAGCGACUGCAGAAGAAAUAAAGAAGGCAUACAGGAAAAUGGCAUUAAGACAUCACCCUGACAAAAACCCAGAUAACCCAGAGGCUGCAGAGAAAUUUAAGGAGAUCAACAAUGCCAACUCCAUCCUCAGCAAUGAGGACAAACGCAAGAUUUAUGACGAGUAUGGAUCCAUGGGCCUGUAUGUGGCUGAGCAGUUUGGUGACGGCAGUGUCAAAUACUACUUCCUCAUGUCCAAGUGCUGGUUUAAGGGGCUUAUGGUUUUCUGUAGUAUCAUCACUUGCUGCUGCUGUUGCUGCUGCUGCUGUUUCUGCUGUGGGAGGUGUGGAAACGGCCCAGAGGAUGAUGACCACUUUACCUACAUGGACCCUGAGGACCUGGAGGCCAAGAUCAGAGAAGAGGAUGCAGCAGGAGACCAUGUUAUUAUAAUUCAGCCGAGUCCUAGCGCUGCCUCUGAAACGUCAGUUGAAGUCUCCGUGUCAGGUGAAAACACACCCAUCGUCAUUCAACCCCACGCUGCCAACGGAACCUCAAGGCCUGUAUCCGAGCAGCCGAUCCCGUUAUCGGACGGUUGAACGGGCGGAGUGAUACACGUACUGGACACAUAAUACAACAGACCCCUGACUGUCAUUGUCAGGGCCUGUUUCCAUGGUGAUGCGUACAGAUGCAGUUUCCUCAUGGACUGACACUCGCUGUCAGCUUUUGUUUACAUGAUUUAAGCAGCGAUUUGAUUGUGCCGUUAUUUAAUGUGCCAAUAGGUUUCCUUUUGAUCCAAUCACAUAUUUAUUUUUUUAACUUUUUAUUUUUGGGACCACAGCAACAAAACGUGAGAGAUCAGCUCUUCUUGUUGAUCUGGGGCGUGAUUGUUUUACUCCUGUGCACUUUAAACGCUGUUCAUUAGUUAAAUUCAGAAUUAUGCCACACCCGAAGUUAUCUUGGGUCUGAAAUGUUUUAAUAGGUUAUGAAUGAAACAAAAUAGAGUUUUUCAGGUUAUUUUAAAUUAUUGGAGGCUGAUCACUUUGACUUCUUUUUUUCUUUUUUACUUAGCAUGAAUACAUUGUAAGGUUUUAUUAAAAAAAAAAAAAAGUUAUAAUAAGGUGCUGCUGCUGCUGUAGGAGCUUCAUUUUCAGCUGUUAACAAAAAAGCUGAUAUUUCCCUCCACUUUCUUAGUUUGUUUAUGCUGAUCUCAUCCCACUCUUAGAGCAAACACUUUCUUUAAAGGUCCAUUGUGUACGAUUUGGGGAAUCUGCUUACAGAAAUGGAAUAUUUAUUGUCUCUAGUUAUAUUUCUAGUUGUGAUUUUGGUACCUCAGGGUGUUUCUGCAGUCGCUCAAAGUGGACUUCCUCUUGUUUUUACUGUUUUAUAGCAGGUGAAAUCUAUCAGUAUGCUUCAUUACUGUCACCUUGUCUCUGUGUGGACCAGAGGUAAUAUCCAUUUUAAUUGAUUCAACGUUUCAGACAAACAGACAAAACAAACACUGACUCUAACACCAUAACUGUAUUUGAUGUUUGAGAGCAGAAGGCAGAGCGCUGCAGUCUGCAACGUCACAGCUAGAUGUCAUUAAAUAUCACACACUGAACCGUGAACAGAAUGGUGGCAUUGUUUGUGCCAAAAGACAAGGAUUGACUGAGUUUUAGAAAAUCCAUGCCAUAGAUUUAUGCGAUACCUUAAAAUGAAUAUAAGAACAUAACUUAGGUUUUCUUUUGCUUUAAAUUUUUGAAUGUGAAGCUCUGAUGUCAGUGCUGCUCUAUCUCCUGUAGGUACAGUGUAAUUAAUUCAGAUGUAUUUUUAAUUGGGUGCUUUAUGAUGAUUGUUAAACUAAAUUCUUCACUGAUGUAGGUGGUUGUUGAUGUAUCUCUGCUGUGUGGGUAUGCUUACAUACACACUAUUCCAUUAUUACUCUGAGUUUGACAGCAUAUGUAGAAUUAAGCUUUGCUCUGAAUGGAGCAUUUUCUGACUAAGACAUAUGAGAUAUACUGACAUGUUUUAUGAGGAUUCGUUGGACCACAUUCAAUCUAAUUUCAUCUGCAGUAAAUACAAAAAUCUUCUCUGGUACAGAUGGAUGUGUCCAAAGAAAAGGACAAAAAUACCUCCUGAUAAACAUUAUGACAGAAGAUAUUAACAGGUUUAGAGAUGUCAACAAAUGUAGAGAAGUUCACCUUUAGAAGAAAGUGUUUGACCAGAUGAAAGAGUGAAGAUGAGUUCACGUAAAACUAAAAGGCAAUCAGGGUUUGCACAUAUACACGGGAAUAUUAGGGGAAUAUUUUCAUUAAUGACAUUAACAGUUUAUGAGGAUUCUGUUUUGUGGGAAGAAUGGAAAAGACCAGAAUACUGGUGCAUGUAAACCUCAGUAUUGUACUUGGGCUACGUUGUGUUAAAAAAAAACAGCACUGAUCAGUAUUUAUGAGUAGAGUGGCAACAACAAGCUGAAAACUACUAUUUUGAUCAUUUUUCCCCACCUGUUGUAAAUGGUGAUGGUUUGAUAUUUGUAUUAUAAAAGGCAGGUGAUUCAUAUAUUAGACACGAACAGUAAUCAUGAGAUAACUGAUGGAAACAAUAUGUUGCAGCUGUAGUUUGGACUCAUUUUGUACAGUUUAGUACAUUUUUCUUAGCAGCAGGGUUUGUAAAGCUGAGUCAAUCCCACAAAUGUUUUAAAAACUAUUUAGUUGAAUUUUCUGUGACAGAAAACACACUUGACAAACCUGUCAUAAGUGCCUAAAGAUGUUUAGCUGCAUUAAAGUGCUGAUGUCCUGGAUGUUUUUGUAAUGAUAUUUUUGGCUUCAUGUAUUUUUCUUUUAUUUUUCUGUGGUUGUGUCUCUGGUAAAGUUUGUCUGAUCAAAUAAACUUGGGGUUUCUUCUGUAAAUGCUG